CUCCAGGCCACGCCCCUCCCGCCGCCGCCGCCGCGCGCGCCGGCCGCAGGCUGCCCUCGCGCCGCUCGCAGCCCCCCGAUUGGCCCGUGCCCGCGCGCCGCCGGCGCUCGACGGGGAACAAAUCCGCGUGGAGAAGGCAGCCCGCUUCUUUUUUAAGGUUAAACCACGUGGUUUUGGAAUUUUUUCCCCGAAAUUCGGACGCCCGGGAAGGCCGUAAGAGCUUCAUCCCCCGGAUGGCCCGGCAGACGCGGCAGCGCCCGGCGUGAGCCCCCGGCAGCGUGCAGAACCAUGCGGCAGCGUCGCGGCGAAGCCGGCCGUCGCGGCGUUUCGCUGGCCGGCAACCGGUCGGCGGCGACCGAAGCCGACCCGGCGUUUCGGCGACGACGGCAAUGAGCGGCCUCCUCCCCUCGCCGCGGCUCGGCUCCGGACCAUGAGCUCCCACCGCCCUCCCCGGCACGACGGCGUCGAUGCCGAGAGUUGCCCGCCGGCGUUCUGGCAGCAAAAUGGCAACGUGCCCACGGCGGGAGGCGAAACCCCUCGUCCGGCCCCCGCCACGCCGGCCGUGCCCAAAAUGGGGGUGCGCGCCCGUAUCGCCGACUGGCCCCCCAAAAGAGACGCCGCCAAGGACCCCCCCGUCGGCGCCGGCACGUGCCGGGAUGCCGCUGGCAACCGGGAUGCCGCGGCCAACCGGGAUGCGGCUUGUUGCCGGGGUUUUGCCGGCGGGCAGCAGCCCCUCGCCGGCGUUUCGGGCUUCAAAGCCCUUCACCGUUUGGCGCGGCGCCGUUCCAAGGACGUGGAAUUUCAGGAAGGGUGGCCCCGCUCCCCGGCGAGGGGUUUGGCACCGUUGCGUCACCGGAGCAGCAGCGAGGUGACGUUGAGCGAGUGCGAUCCGGAGGAGGCCACGGAACCGAGGGGAGGCACCGGGCUCUUCCGGGAAUAUGGUAGCACCUCUUCCAUCGAUGUCCAAGGAAUCUCGGAGCAAAGCUUCUUUGAUAUGCUCAACGAAUUUCGGACCAAGAAGCCGGAUCGCCGAGCCGUCACGCCGGAACGCCUCGGGGAAGCCGGUUUUCCACCGGGAUCGUAUCCCGGCAUGAAGACGGAAGGGAGGAGGGAUGAACCGUCGGUGCAAUCCAAGGAAAAACCCCGCAGGAGGUGUCCCAAAGGCGACGCCGGCGGCGAUUCCAUCUUCAAAAAACUCCGGAGCGGCCGAAACGACGGCGAACUGGGCAAAGAGACGGAAGAACCGCGACCGCCGGAACCGGGCAAGGCCUGGGUGUGCCAAAAGAGCUUCGCCCACUACGACGUGCAGAGCAUGCUCUUCGACCUCAACGCCGUGGCCGUCAACCGUGCCGUGGUAGCCCAACGCCGUAACACCACCACCGGCGCCUCGGCGGCUUCGGCGGCCACCGUUCGGGCCGGCGGGUUGGGAGGGUCGGAUCCGGCUUUCGCCAGCACCGAGGACCUGAACUGUAAAGAGAAUUUGGAGCACGACGUGGGGGACAACACCAGCAACGAGCUUCUCCUCAGCUGCCCCCAUUUCCGCAACGAGAUCGGCGGCGGCGCCGAAAGGAACGUCAGCUUCUCCAAAGCCUCGACGGGUUCGCCGGGGUUAGCCGCCGCCGACGGCGGGACGUUCCCCGAAUCCCUCCUCGCCUUCCGGCCCACCAACGCCGGCGUUUCGGUGCUGGAGGUCCCCAAGGAGCUGCAGAGGAACCCCAACCGCCUCAAACAUUACAGCGUGGAGCACGUCGACCUCGGCGCUCGCUAUUACCGGGACCAUUUCCAUGGCAAAGAGCAUUCCAACUACUUCGGGGUGGACGAGAAGCUGGGCCCGGUGGCCGUCAGCAUCAAACGGGAGAAGCUGGAGGACCACAAGGACCACGGCCCCCAGUACCAGUACAGGAUCAUCUUCCGAACCAGCGAGCUUGUCACCCUGCGGGGCUCCAUCCUGGAGGACGCCACCCCCACCACCACCAAGCACGGGACGGUGCGGGGGCUCCCGCUGAAGGACGCCCUGGAAUACGUCGUCCCGGAGCUCAACAUCCACUGCCUGCGCCUGGCCCUCAGCACCCCCAAGGUCACCGAGCAGCUCCUCAAGCUGGACGAGCAAGGGCUCUGCCGGAGGCACAAGGUGGGAAUUCUCUACUGCAAAGCCGGGCAGAGCUCGGAGGAGGAGAUGUACAACAACGAGGAAGCGGGGCCCCCCUUCGAGGAGUUCCUCUCCCUCCUCGGGGAGAAGGUUUGCCUCAAAGCCUUCAGCAAAUACGCCGCCCAGUUGGACACCAAGACCGACUCCACCGGCACCCACUCCCUCUACACCACCUACCAGGACUACGAAAUCAUGUUCCACGUCUCCACCAUGCUCCCCUACACCCCCAACAACCGGCAGCAGCUGCUGAGGAAGAGGCACAUAGGGAACGACAUCGUCACCAUCAUCUUCCAAGAACCCGGAGCUUUGCCCUUCACCCCCCAAAACAUCCGCUCCCACUUCCAGCACGUCUUCAUCAUCGUCCGAGCCCACAACCCCUGCACCGACAACGUCUGCUAUAGUGUGGCCGUCACCAGGUCCAAGGACGUCCCACCCUUCGGCCCCCCCAUCCCCAACGGCGUCACCUUCCGCAAAUCCGACGUCUUCCGAGAUUUCUUGCUGGCCAAGGUGAUCAACGCGGAGAACGCCGCUCACAAAUCGGACAAAUUUCACACCAUGGCCACGCGGACCCGGCAGGAAUAUCUGAAGGACCUGGCCGAAAACUGCGUCACCAACACUCCCAUCGACUCCGCCGGCAAGUUCAACCUCAUCUCCUUGGCUUCCAAGAAGAAGGAGAAGACGAAAGCCCGCGCCGGGGCCGAGCAACACAGCGCGGGGGCCAUCGCUUGGCGCGUUUCCGCUCAGGAUUUCGCCCGGGGAGCCGAAAUCCCGUGCGCUUUGGGUAUCUCCAACGAAUUCGUGGUCCUCCUGGACCUGGGCGCCAAGGAGGUGGUCUUCAACUGCUUCUGCGGGGACGUCAUCGGCUGGACCGCCGACGCUUCCACCGUCAAGAUCUUCUACGGCCGAGGAGAUCACAUCUUCAUCCGGGCGGCUGAGGGUGGCCCCGAGGACAUCAAGGAGAUCGUGCAGAGGUUGAAGGUGGUGACGGACGGCUGCGAGACAGUGGACAUGACCUUGAGGAGGAACGGACUGGGCCAACUGGGUUUCCACGUGAAGUACGACGGCACGGUGGCCGAGGUGGAGGACUACGGCUUCGCCUGGCAGGCCGGCCUGCGGCAGGGCAGCCGCCUGGUGGAGAUCUGCAAGGUGGCCGUGGUGACGCUCAGCCACGACCAGAUGAUCGACCUCCUCCGCACCUCCGUCACCGUCAAGGUCGUCAUCAUCCCGCCCCACGAGGACGGGGCCCCUCGCAGGGGCUGGGCCGAGUCACUGGAGCCGAGCGGCGCGGAGCCGAAGGGGGACGCGGAGAACUUGCCGUCUGGCUACCGCCCGCCCUACCGCAGCAACGCUGGCUGGCAGUGGAGCGGCCCGGCCUCCCACAACACCCCCCCGGCCGGCAAGUGGGCCGAGCCCCCGGGCCACGGGCUGGCCGCGGGCCGGGUGGGCAAGCAGCCCAGCGUGGCCUUCCGCGAGCCGCAGCCACUGCACGGCAAGAGGCCCCUCAGCUUCCCCGACACCCCCCAGCCUUCCUCCUCCUCCUCCUCCUCCUCCUCGCCGGCCGGGCCCGAGCGACCGCAACCUUAUCGCCAACCUUCCGGAAGCUUCUCUUCCCCCGUCGGCCCGACUUACGCCCGCUACAAACCCUCGCCCGAGAGGUACGCGGCCUCGCAGCGGGCGCCCUCGAACCCCCCGACGGCCCUUCCAGCGGGGACUCGUCCUCCGGCGGGUUCAGUAGCCACGAGAGCACCAUGGAGCGGCACAAAGCGGAGCCCUUGUGGCACGUGCCGGCGCAGGCCAGGCUAGCGGGCGGCGGUGGGGGCAAGCGGAACGGCCGGCAGGAGCCCACUGGCAAGGAGUCGCCCGGCCGGCAGCCCAGGGUGAGCCCCCCCCCCU